ACAAAAGACAACACCGGUACUACCUACCUCCCAACCCAUAUUCUCCCGCGGAAACAUUCUUCGGCGUCGCCACCAUUUCCGCUGCAUUUUCAAAACCUCAUUCGUAUCGGGUCGGGUCGGGUCAAGAUCCAACACCUCCUCCCGCACAGUGUACUAGGUUGUUGGUGUUGUGCUGUCUGAAACCGAACCUGCUUCUAAAGAUAGCUGUUGUCGUUGUCAGAAGAAGACGGCAUUGCGUUUUAGGAAGUGGUCCGUCAACAAUAAUGACAAUACGUUUAGUUGGGGUUUGAACAUACAUUACAUAGAUCUGUGUUGUGAAGCGCAUUUUGCAAUUUGAAUAAGAAUGGGAGAAAAAUCGAGGUCCAAAGGGUGCUGCGGUUGGUUUCUGGCGCUUCUGGUUCUGGCUCUCGUCGUCGGUGCCGUUGUUUAUACCAUCAAGAAGAAAAUUGGUCACUCCGAUAAGCCAGCUCCGGUUCCGGGUCCCCCUGGCGCCAUUGACCAGAAAUACGCAUCUGCUCUCAAAACUGCAUUGCAAUUCUUCGAUAUUCAAAAAUCUGGUAAGUUGGUUGACAAUAAAAUAACUUGGAGGGGGAAUUCGGCUCUUAAGGAUGGAAGCCAAGCGAGAUUGGAUCUAUCGAAAGGAAUGUAUGAUGCUGGGGAUCAUAUGAAGUUUGGUUUUCCGAUGGCUUUUACGGCCACGGUGUUAUCAUGGGCCAUUCUGGAAUAUGGAGAUCAAAUGGAUGCUGUUGGCCAGUUAGAACCAGCACAAGAUUCGCUCAAGUGGAUCACUGAUUAUCUCAUCACUGCUCACCCUUCUGAUAAUGUUCUUUAUAUUCAGGUGGGUGAUCCCGUUGCAGAUCACAAAUGUUGGGAAAGACCUGAAGCCAUGGCUGAGGCACGACCACUCACACAAGUGAACAUAUCUUGUCCUGGAUCAGAUGUCGCAGCUGAAACAGCAGCAGCCAUGGCCUCAGCAUCUUUGGUCUUUAAAAAGACUGAUUCUACAUAUUCAGGCACUCUACUCAAGCAUUCAAAACAGUUGUUUACUUUUGCUGACAAGCAUAGAGGAUCUUAUAGUGAGAAUAUACCUGAAGUCCAGACAUAUUAUAACUCAACUGGAUAUGGUGACGAGCUUUUAUGGGCAGCUAGCUGGCUCUAUCAUGCUACAGGUGAUGAUUCUUACCUUCAGUAUGUGACUGGCCAAAAUGGAGAAGACUAUGCUCAAUGGGGAAGCCCAACCUGGUUCAGUUGGGACAAUAAGCUUGCUGGAGCUCAGGUUUUGUUAUCCAGAUUAAGCUUUUUUAAGGCAAAGGACAUUUCAAAUUCUUAUGGCUCUGGGCUCCAUAAUUACAGGAAGACAGCUGAGGCUGUAAUGUGUGGCCUUCUUCCAGAUUCUCCAACAGCCACAAAAAGCAGAACCGAUAGUGGUCUUAUAUGGGUGAGCGAGUGGAACUCUCUGCAGCAUCCUGUUGCUUCUGCAUUCUUAGCUGCUGUUUACAGUGACUAUAUGCUAACAUCGCAGACACCAAAACUAAAAUGUGAUUCAAAUUCCUUUACCCCAUCAGAUCUUCGAGACUUUGCCAAAUCUCAGGCCGAUUACGUAUUGGGCAAGAAUCCUAUGCAUAUGAGUUUUCUAGUGGGUUAUGGAGAUAAAUUCCCGCAAUUCGUGCAUCAUAGAGGGGCUUCAAUUCCUAGUGAUGCAAAAACUGGCUGCAAGGAUGGCUUCCAGUGGCUUGACUCAUCUGAUCCUAAUCCCAAUGUAGCAACUGGAGCACUUGUUGGUGGACCCUUCUUAAAUGAGACUUUCAUUGAUUCGAGGAACAAUUCCAUGCAAACAGAACCAAGCACUUACAACAGUGCUGUCAUAGUCGGUCUCUUAUCAAGUUUAGUCACCACAUCUUCUGCUGUUCAAUCCUUUACCUAAGUUGUAGCUUCCUCCCCGUCCUCAAUUCCACUUAAAGAAGAUUGUUCGACAAAGUUUUUGUGUUUUAUGUAGCUUUAUUCAUUUCCUGAUCCUGACAAAUGAAGAAGUGUUAAAAGCGUGGAGCAUAAUGUUGUAACGACAUGCUUGAUUGUAUGAGUGUAAACAAUGAGGUUUGGAUAGGUUAAGCGUUAAUAUGUACGGGUGUAGUUUGAUUUGGCACUAUUAGCUCAGCAGGUGUGGAGCUAUUUUGUUGUAGUUGUUUGUAGAACACAUCUUUAAAGUUUAUUAUUAUUGUGAUAGUUCGUGAUCACAUUAU